AAUGAGAUCUCAUAGAGCUUAUCAAAUGUUACUUAAUUCAUUUAAUUUCUAUUUUUUUCAGAUCUUUCAAAAAACCGGUUCAGCGAGCUUCCGGAAGAGGUGCUUCGGUUCCAUUUUCUGGAGCGGCUACAUUGUUACCACAACUCGAUCAGAUACAUACCAGACAUGGUCUGCAAUCUGCAAUGCUUGAAUUUUUUAGAUCUCAGCCGUAACCAACUCACCACCCUGCCGCGAGAGCUGUGCCAUUUACCCAUACAGAUCCUGCUAGUCUCGAACAACCAACUAACCUCUCUUCCCGACGAGUUGUGCCGCAUGCAGUCAUUGGCCGAGCUGGACGCCAGCAGCAACCGGUUGACGCAUCUGCCGCCGCGCAUGGGCGAGUUGCACAGGUUGCGCGCGUUGUCGUUGCGCGGCAACCUGCUGCUGGCCGUGCCGGUGGAAUUGACGCAACUGCAGCUGGUCAGGCUGGAUCUGAGAGGCAACAGGAUUGCGCAACUUCCGUUGGAGACCAGGCGGAUGGCGGAUCAUCUUGUGGAGUUGCUGUUGGAUGAUAAUCCAUUGACUAGUCCGCCGCCUACGGUAUGCAAACGCGGUCGAGUGCACGUCUUCAAAUACCUCGAAAUGGAAGCCUCGAAACGAGGAACGACACCCACAGGCACCCUGACGAACAACGGAGUGGGCGGCACCCUAGGAAGGCGACAGCGACGCAGCAACAACAACGGGGGCAGCGGGUCGCCACUGUUGCCAUCCGCCAUCCCUGGAGAUCGACUUAGAAAGAACAGGCAGAACGCGGAUAGCGGAUACAGUACUGCAUCAGACGGAGGGUGGACACAGGAGAUUGCACAGCAAGUUAAGACAAUAGACCAAAACUCACAAUCAACAUUAUCAACGCCUUCAACGAUAUCACCAGCACCUGAAUGCACCAUGUAUGAUGAAGAUACACCAAAAACGAAUAGUAAUAGUAGCUUUUCUAAUGAUUUUGACAAAUUAGAUGGGAUCAAAAAUAGAGAUUUGAAUAGUGUUCGUAUAAGCCCUUGCAGCGAUUCUACCUUAACUAACAGCAAUGGAAUUGACGAUAAGAAGCCUUUACACCAAAUACAAACAUACAGGGAGUACAAAGAAGCCCUGAAGCAGCAACGAGCCCAAGACGUGCCUUCGAUAUAUCGCAGCAAAGAUGGAGAACAGCACAGCUACAAAACAGAACCAAAUACGCCCACGCAUCAUGCUGUAGAACCGCGAACGUUGGCCACAUCAAAGUCGGAUCCGACGCCUUUGAAUUCGGCGUUCGGCACUCCCAGGACCAUCUUUGAUGAUACUAGUGUAAGCAAGAAGCCGGUGCAGAAGGUUAUUCCAUCUCGAACAUACUCUCCCACUCCGCACCACCCGCCUACCCAUCUGAACGGCAUAUCCGACCCACAAAUGCCUACUCCGCCCACAUACGUCAAACCGCGUUCGCCUAAUCACAACAGCGCAGGCGCGAUGGGCCACGAUAGGAUACCAAACGGCAAGGGGGUGUGUCUUCAGACGCUGACCGCUCCCACACCCAAAGGGUCGUGUCUGCAACAGACCACACCCAAAGGAGCGGGCAGUGGUAAAAUAGGCGUGGUCAAGACGAUCAGCUGGGAUAGGGAGGUGGCUGCGCAGGGAAAAACGGCGGAGAAGAUGAGUUUUACGAUGAGGAGGGAGAUAGAUAAGGCGAAGGAGGAGACUGAGUUGAUUAAUCAGCUGAGGAAUAUAAUCGAGACAAGGCUGAAAAUGGUCUUACCGGAAGACCUAGCUCCAGCACUGACAGACGGAGUAGUAUUGUGCCAUCUAGCAAACCAUAUCAGGCCCAGAUCAGUGGCCAGUAUUCACGUACCAUCGCCAGCUGUUCCUAAACUUACCAUGGCCAGGUGUCGGAGGAACGUAGAUAAUUUCCUCGAAGCCUGUCGCAAGAUUGGAGUAGACGAGGGCUCAAUCUGCUCGGCGGUGGACAUCACAGAGGGCCUUUUUGGAGGCGGUUGCGGACUUGCCCGUCUCCUCAGCACCGUGCAGCAUUUGUGCAAGAUCGGACAGAUUGCGUUGAAACCGCCGCCGCCUGCACCGCCCCCGAGGGUGUCAUCGCUCAACGGGCAGAGGCAGACGAGGAUAGCCACCGCACAGGACCGCACAGUCUCAUUCUUGCUGCUCGGAGUGUUCCUGGGGACUGUUGUGCUGUUGCUAUGGUUCCCGCCUAGGGAAUGAAUCGUAGGAGUAUCCAAGUGACGUAUAGAUAUUUUCAUUGCCAAACAUACAAUCUGUAGAUCCUAGACUGUCCGCUUACUGGACAAAUCAUAUCUACAAUAUUAUCUAUAUUUUCCUUAAAAAACGACACUGUGCGCCAAAAUUACUGCCCCAUUUAACAUAAUCUCAUUUUGGAAUCAUUACUCCCAAUCACCUCCCAAAUGGCAUGCCAAAUGAUCGAACAUACAGGGUGUUCGAGAGGUCGAUACCAGUUACCAAACCUUUUGGCUUUUGAGUUUUUCGCAAUUUUAUCACAUCCCAGAAAAAAGCCGAAACCAUGUGUUGAACUGUCGCUUGUUCAGAGGUGAAAUUGAACCAUCCUAAACACUAAAAUCAUUUUUUAUCCUAACGGAGACACCGUUUUUACUGUCCAAAAUUGAAUUUAUUAUUUUCACAAUAAUUUAUAACACUUGUACUAAUUUAUGAUAAUUUAUUACAACGUUGACUGGACUACGCCUUCCGCGUCCUGUGAUAUUUAUCCACCUGUCGACGCAUCGAGAAAUAUUCCAGUAUGUUCGGGGACUUCCAUGGAAGUGGUUUAGAUAAAAGCAGGUGCUUACAGACGGCUAUCCAAUUCUCGCGAUUGCGGUCCAGAAUUCAAGCACGCCUAAGCGUCGACUCUGACAAGCCGCCCCAUCGUCACUCAAGGUCACAGCUAUACGAGGGCAUUACAUUAUAAAAUGUACACAAUCUUUGAUAAUUUGGGAAGUACAUAUUUGUACGAAGACAAUAGGCUAUUAAUGGGUAAAAUAACAGAACUGAUUUUGGCAUUCUUCUGGAAUAUCACAAAAUUGCGGAUAACUCAAAAAUAGUUCGACUUUGUACUAAGGUAUAUGUGGCUUAUUGUUAUCGAAAUUAAGUGUAUUAUUAUCACCCCUUAAAAGGUUGGUAUCGACCUUCUGAACACCAUGUUUACGGGCUUUCCUUUGUGGCUGAAGUGCAAAUACGGUUUUUCUGCCGUACGAUUUUUCACGCGAAAUGACGCAUGUGAGACUACUACAACCUUUUCGUGUAAACCUAAACCCCAUGUUCACGGAUUGCGAUAUAAAAGUCUUUUUUUUUUCCUUUGCAAUCCCACAGUGGUUCAAAAGUCCGAAAACCUGGCGAAAACUAGAUGAUUCACUAAAUUUCACAAAAAAACUUCAUCGACAUGUUCUCGAGGUUACUGAUAAUGAAUAUGAUAUCUAUUGGACAAAAAUCAAAAUAGCGGACAUGUUUGCAAAAAAAAAAAGUUUGGAUUAUGCUCAAAUUCGAGUUUUGUAUGUUUUUGAGGUUGCUGGUGACGACUUGAAUAUCUAUUUUUUUUCGAAAUCUUAAUGCCGGACAUGUUUGCAAAAAAUGUUUCCAUUACUCUCGAAUUUGAGUUUUGUUUCAAUUUUUUUUUGAACUCACUAAUUCACUAUACAUUACAGAAAAAAAUACUACAUUCGUAUCGUGUUUUGUGUCUAUUGGCAAGUAAUAUAGUUAUACAAUUAUUUUUGACACGAGUUUCUUGUCAUUUUAUCGAUGCGACAGACAUUUACUAUAAUUUCGCCAUCAGAGCCGUCUAAGUGGAACUAAUGGUAUCAAAAGAUGAAAUAUGCAUCCAUAGCUGUGCACAAAAUCUAGUCAUAUGCGAAAAAAAAAUUAUUUGACCUUUGGCGAGGUUUUUGGUUCUUGGACCACUGUGCAUCCUGGUGAUUUGAAGCAUUUUUUACGGUUUAGCAUCACUUUGUUUGGCUUCCUUAUCUGUUUUCAAACGUUGUUGUUUGACGCUGUUGGGGUUUGGCGUCUUUUUUAAAGGACAAUGCAUGAUUUGGGGGAUGCUAAAAAGAAGAGUGACUUCAGGUACCUGAAAAAAAAAAAACAAUUUUAUGGGUGCAACAUUUGGCAGUACCCGGGUCUGAAAUCUUCGAGAAAACACUUGGAUUUCCCACUGGACAAGGCAGUAUAUUC